GGCACAGGGGGUUAGGACACAGCCUAUGAAGCUAUCCGCAGCCACUGCAGCAUGAGUUUGAUCUCCAGCCAGGGCUACCCACAUGGCACAGCAGACCUCUCCUGAGUAACCCGCUGCUCCCCUCUGCAGUGUAUUUCCGUCAGUCUGCCUGUUCUGUUCCCCACUCUGUCUCUUGUGAAUCCUCUCACCCCCCACACCUCUGACCUAUACCCCAGUUCUUGUAUGCAUAAACAAAUAAAUCUUUGUUAAAAAAAAAAAAAAAGAACAACGGUAUAAUAAAUGUCCCAAAGCAAACAGGUAGAUAUUAAAUUGAUGUGUACUUCUUUCAGAAGUGAGAGCUGAGGGAGUUGAAGAGGAUAGAAGAUUUCUGGGACAGGCAGGACUUGAGGUGGGCAGAAGGAUGAGAAUUUGCCUGGACGGACAGGAAAAGAGGCCCUUGUUACUUUAUGGAAUGAGCCAGAAUUUAGCGAAGACAGAAUGGCCGCCCUGCCCCUCCAAUGAAAGGGCAACUUCGAAGAAAAGCCCAAAGGGAAAAGUUUGCAAGACGAGUAGUAUUGCUGUCACAGGAAAUGGAUGCUGGAUUACAGGCAUGGCAGCUCAAACAGCAGGAGAAGUUGCAGGAAGAAGAAAGGAAGCGGAAAAAUGCCCUUAAACCCAAGGGGGCUCUACUGCAGAGCCCACUGUCAAGUCAAUAAAAGCAAUUCCUGUCUCCUUUUCCCAGUCUUUCUCUGACUUCCUUUUCUGUCACCUAGAUGUCUCACCCAGACAGACAAGAGCCUUUAUGCUCCCCAUCUGUCUUCAGAGCAAAAAAGCUUGGACACCAGGAAGAAUGGACAGUGAGAUCACUAGAAGUGUUGGCUCAGUGCCCUCACCCCUGACUUCAGUUCAACAGAACCUUGCUGUGGGAGAACUCUCCCCACUUUUACAGCCCAUAGGAACUGGCCAACACUGACCAGUAGUGCUCUGUGGACAUGGAGAGUGGCAGCCAUUUUCCUGGGUUUUUGCCAGGCAUUUAAACCUUUUAACAUCACACUACAGCUCAGACCAACUGUGUUCAGGCAUUUAAUAAAUGUUGUGAUGAAAAAGCCUUUCCGGCAGAGGCCCAUUUCUUGGCAAGCAACUAGUGUCAGUUUUCCUAAACUUUAGAUCUAUAGUCCAGGAGGGGACCCCUUCUGAGAAGGCUGACAUGGGCAGAACCAGACUUGGGUGUUGCGUAUUCUGCUAAGAGUUGGAUCUUAAGAUUUCCAUGGUUCUGACUGAACUCCAGAGGUCAAGUGGACAAAGGCCUGUACCUUCCACACCACAGUAUAGGGGAGGCCCAAAGGUGCUCAGCCCCCAAUAACUGGGAUUGGUAUCAAGUAUCCACCAUAUAUCACCCCAAAUCUGAUAGCUGCCCAGGACCCAGACAACCUUACAUUAUAUCAAUCAUGGAUUCUGGAGGGAAAGGACCUUUGUCCCUAUUACAAUCCAGAGUGAUGGACUUUUCUUCCAUUCUCCUGCACAAAACGUAACAGUUCCUGAAUCUCUGGGAUUUCUGGAGCUUCCUACCUGACCUUUUGGUCCAGCAUCCUAUUUCUUUCCUUGCUUGCUUUCUCUUCUUUCUCCCUGCUACCUCCUUCCUCUCUCUGCUAACCAAUGCCAAUUCUUGGAUCUUAGAUUUUGCUGAUGGUCAAAUUUUCUGUCUCCCACACUUUUCCUGCUUCUGCUGCUUUUCCAGAUCCAGUCUUAACCUCUUAUCUCUCUCCCAUCCUCAGCUUCUGUCGUCUUUCCCACCCUCAGCUUUAGCUGCUCACCUUCCCUGCGGACCUCCACCUUUUGUUCUCAGAGCCUAGGCUCUCCUUGAAAGAUUUUCUUCUUUAAGAAAUUACCUCCUUUUCCAGUGUAGAGGGACAACUAAACCCCAAAACUCUUCUCUUUUCUAACUAUUUUGCCAUUUGUGUUUCCCCAGAUUCUAUGGCCUUGACCCUUUUCCUCCCCAGCCAGUUCUAAUUUAAGGAGCAGCCAGAUCACAUAUGACAGUAAUGAAGAGAACAAACUUGUCUUUCUAUAAAGACAGGAGCCCCAAAUCCAGUGUGAUUGCAGGUAGUUGGGUUUUGUUAUUGUUGUGGGGGUUUCUUGGCAGGGGAGGACAUUGGUGGUUCAAGGACGGAGGUCAAGAACAAGGACAAAAGUUUCAAUUUGAUUGGGCCACAGGUCUCAGCAGACAACCCCUAACCCAGGUCUCAGAUAUGGAAAACCUACCCCAGCGCCAUCCCAGACUCUGAACUUGCUUGCUCCAGCCACUGAGUGUCCCAGAGUUUCCCACUCUGAGGUGAGACAAUCGCUGAAUACCAGAGAAAUCCAACCACCCAAAAUAUGCUUAGGGAGAGAAAGUCUCCCACAUCCC